AAUGCUUUGCCAUAAUCAAUCUCCAAUUUCAUCUAUAAAAGCAUAGCCACACAAAGUGGAAUUCACCAAAUCAAUAAGCUUAUAGAGAGAGAUAAAGAGUGUUGAAACAUGGCAAGUGAGAAGGGAAAGAUUCAAGUGGCAAGUGAUAAGUAUAGGCAGGUCCUGCAUGAAGAUGAGGCUGCUGCUGCAGGAACCAUUGAGUGGAGACAUGGUGGCCCUCCAAUUUAUGACAGUGUUAAUAAGCUUUUUGAACAAGGAAGGACUAAGGUAUGGGCAGAAGGAUCUCUGGAGGAAACAGUGCAAAAUGCUAUAAAGUCAUGGGAAAUGGAGCUUUCUCACAAGACGCGCGUCAAGGACUUUAGGACCAUUAACCCUGAAAAAUUCAAGCUCUUUAUUAAUGGAAGAGAGGGACUAUCAGCAGAAGAGACGCUAAAAGUGGGAAGCUACAAUGCGCUAUUGAAGAGUUCAGUACCAGAUGAAUUCAAAUACUACAAAGCAGAUGAAGAGAGUUUCGAAUCGUCUCACGAUGCUUUUCGAUCAGCUUUUCCGAGAGGAUUUGCCUGGGAAGUGAUCAAUGUGUAUACAGGGCCACCAGUUGUGACAUACAAAUUCAGGCAUUGGGGUUUCUUUGAAGGUCCAUUUAAACUACAUUCACCUACUGGUGAGAUGGUCCAGUUCUAUGGUGUUGGCAUAAUGAAGGUUGAUGAAUCUCUAAGAGCAGAGGAUGUAGAGAUAUACUAUGAUCCAGCUGAACUUUUUGCUGGACUACUUAAGGGACCAACAAUUUCUGAAUCUAACAUUGAACAACAGGGCCAUGCUGAUAAUACCACCACUCAAUCCUGCCCAUACCACUACUAGUUAUGUUGUCCUAAUCGUCCUGUCUUAAUGAGUUUAUGCAACUUUUUUUUAUAUGUCUCUGCUUAUUCGAAUUCAUCAAUUUUUCCUUUUAUUCCAGCUGAAAUUCUUAAUUUAUAAUAGUUGCAUUUGACUGUUCAUUGAAAGGACUUCAUGGACAAACAUGCUGAAAAUAGUGCUA